AUGGCCGAUCAUGAAGCAACGCGGGGGCUUGCUGUAACUGGCGAUAUUCCACAACAGCAGCAGCAGCAGCAUCAUGCUUAUUCGGAUGAGCCGAUCAACAAUGAAUCGGGUAUCCAGAGCAGCGUGCUCGAGGAGUAUUCCGAAAAACCACCUCCACCACCACCUGCACGAUUUUACAAGAAGAAAAAGUAUUGGAUCAUUUGCUCGAUCUUGACGGCCAUCAUUGUGGUGGUUGUCGUCUUGCUUAUUGUCUUUGUCUUUUUCCCAAUGAUCGCACAAUCGCUCAUGAACCAAUCCGGUAUCGACGUUGGUGGUGCUCAGAUCACGUUUAAUCCACCCUCGGACAGCAACAUGCAACGUCGUGACGAGCAACAGCAACUCAACAUGAACACAUCCUUCUACAUGUCCAUGAAAAGUCAGCUUAGCAACACGGGUCCUUUCCCUGCUACUCUCAAGUUCCAUAACCCAAUUGAUGUCUUGUACAAUGAUACAUUGCUUGGCACUAUCACCUUGCCUGAUGGAAGCAUCUCCGGUGGCAAGGGUGAACUUGAUGCUGACACUCCUUUCAUGAUCACAAACACCACCUACUUUGCUGCAUUCUCCAAGGAAAUGUUGGCCAACGAUGAAUUCAAAUGGCGACUCAAAGGCAAAUUGGAUAUUACUGCAUUGUCAAGAACUGCUACUGUUGAUUUGGAUAAGGAGAUCUCCAUCCCUGGCAAGUUUUUAUUUUAA